AUAGCACGAGUUGAUUUCCGACCGUGUGUGUUCAGCGUGUACUAAACGAGGAUUUGGUCGCUUUUCGUUAAGAACCACCAGCAUCUCCAUUGUCGCAUAUGAUUGCGCUUUGGUAUUUGCUGCUUUUCUGUCCUUAUUUUUUUUCUUGGGCGAAUCCAUUGGUGGCGCCACGCUUGAACUUCUUGGCUAGCUCUGAAUUCAAAUCGUAUUCCAUUCCUCCGCCUCCUUCUUUCCUAUUCCCUAGUCCCCGAGCCUCAGUAAUCGUCGACACGUCAGCCCCCAUGUUUUCAUUCGCCAUCUUGCCUUUGCUCGCCUAUUCGACUCUACUGGCCAUUUUUGGUUUCAUCAGUGUUCGCAUAACACGAUGGCGCCGCGGACAUAGACCGGCUGCGCUGACACUCGACGAUGACGACGUUGAACUUCUUCCGACCAAUACGUCCACGCUUAGUCCAGAGUUCAAGGCUUUCCCCGUUCCGCCGCCUCUUCCUAGUCUUGUCCCCUCUCACGCACGCUCUCGCUCAUUUUCGAACCUGCAACAUGCGGUUGUGGUGCAUGACAUGCCUGAACGUGAACGGCCAAAGUCUCCACUUCAUUUCGGUCUAUCAACGCCAGGUUCGCGUCUGAAAUCAAAGCAACGCAGUCACAGUGCCGGAUCAAUCUCUUCACCCCUCAGUCCCAAACGACGUUUGCAUAACAACAAUCGACGUCCGUUCAUCUCUGAUCCAGAGUCCGAUGCAGAUACGGUUGUUCCCCCACGCCAUGCGAUCGCGUCUACCCCGAAUACUCCGUUUGCGCCACAGACCCAAUUCGGUACACUAGUCGACUUGUCGGUACCUCCAGUACCUGCGCCAUCACCAUUGAACCCCAUUUUUCCUAAUAUGGCGGGCUCUGCGCAUCUAUGGGCAUUACAUUCGUACACACGAUCUUCCACUGUUCCCGCUGAAGAGCUCAACCUCAUUGACCUACAUACCCCGGAUCCAGAACAGCGUGCGUCCAGGAAUUUUGAACCAGUCUCUGUUCCUCUACUUCAGGAAAGUAAGGGUUCAAAUGCCAAGGAACAGGGUAACACCUCCUCCGACUUGGACGGAUACGAGCCGGACGUAGAAGGUGAAGCUGGUGAACAAAUUACGGGAUUGGGUAAGGACAAGGAGAUUGACAUCGGUCUGGAAUGGGACUUCGAGAGCGUUUCUGGCUCGAGUAUGAGGGUGUCUUCGAUCCCUCAAGCUCAUCAGGUCUCAGAAGAACGCGAUUUGGUGGAUGGAAACUCGAUGCCGUCGUCGCCCGUGGAAUUUCUGGCCACACAGCUUCAUUCGAUUCCGAUCACUGCCUCCUCGUCGUUGUCCGAAGGAUAUCUUCGACUGGACACCGAGGAAGUCCUUGCUGGCAAGAGUGAAGAUUCCCUCCCUCUAUCUUCAUCAUCUUCCUCUGCAAUCCUUUCCUCUUCAUCUUCACUUCCGAGCGCACCUCGUCAUUUGGUUGAGCUAGAUGCUGGACAUCGCCCCAUUGACGUUGUCAUCGUUGAGAACACUGGUGUAGAGGAUGAGGAUGAGCUAGACCUAAACCUGGAUAAUGAGACACUUCCUUCGAUAUCUCGAGACGACACUUCUCUCGAUUUGGAUUUGAUCCACAGGGUUUAUAACGAUGAUGAUGAAAAUGCUGCUGGGCAGCUUGAGCUAGGACCGGGGAUGUUCGUUGCUCGUGACCGGGAAGAUGAUGAACUUUAUGACCUUUAUGAAAAUAAUGACCGCGUUGAGGGUGAUGAAUACGCAGAGGGUGCUAAGGCUGAAGAGGUCAUGGAUCAAGGAAUGCCGAGUGGAGUGAAUAUCAUGAGCCUAACUCAGGAUGAAAAUAUUGACGUCUUAACUUACACUGACAACUCUUCGACUAACCCCGAAUCGCAAGAGGCAAUACAGGAUUCAUUAACUCCUCCCCCAUCUCACGAGAAAUUUUCUACAUUGGUUUCCCGUGCGCAUCCUGACAAUGAUGUUGGACUGGAACUUAGGAUGUUCGAGGACGGUUUCAGCGAUGAACCCCAAGCUAACGAAGGUGAUGUGAAUGUCAUAGAGGACGACGACGAGCAUAUUGAGGAAACGGAGGGAGAAUUCCCAGAUCCAGACUUGCUUCCACUUCCCGAGCUAGAUAUUCCCCUCCUCCUAGCUAACAUUACGUCACCGGAUCCCUCUCUCAUUGCCAAAGAAGAAGAACCCAGCUCCUCCGCUGCUACCACUGCUUCCGUGUCCCCCACAUCCCAAAUUCCUACUCCUCCCGCUUCGCCACCUCAACAACGUCGUCCUCUCCCUCGGCCUCUUCCAGCGUGGUCAAUUCGUGCAGCUGACGCCCCGCCUCUCGGACUUGCAUCUCGGAGUCCUGUGCUACGACAUAAAUCUUCCUUCUCGCUUUCUGUGAUUGAGGGCAGUGAUGCCAGAGUUGUGAAGGAGGCCGAAAGUCAGCUGAAGACCGAAAUUGAGAUUCGAGAGAAAAACGAGGAAGGAAUUUCGUCACUCAGUGAUGAAAUAAUUGAAAGCGAGGACGUACGUCCAAGCACAAAGACACCUGUGCCGAGUGCAGCCAUUCUCCCUGGGGCCUUCCCUGUGGAUGUCCACCCACUUUCUGACUUGAUGGUACCGGAUGAUGAAGAAGAAGAUGAGGAAGAAGCGGAGACAACGACCAAGGAAACUGAAUCUUCAAGUACCCAGGACGAAUCUGUUCCAGGAUCCAGCGCGGAAGCUCCUUCUACGUCCACUUCUACUUCCAUUUCUGUUACCAAACCAGUGAAACGCCACCCUGCGCGAUCCCCGAUCGACAUUGCACUGGCAAUGCAGCUACGUCCCGGACUAGGUCUCGGAGCUGACCCAGCGUGGAUGGUGAGGUUUUUGAUGGCGAUGUUUGGCUGGUUUGUUGUCCUUAUCAGCGGAAGUGCUGGAGAUGGAUAUGGUAGGACUCCGUAUGUGGGGAUUCGAAGGUCGGAAGAGUGAAAAACUGCGGCGGUUUCUUCAAGUCUCAUUUGUCCGUUCAAAUUUUGAGCCACUUUCGCUCUUGACUCUCGACUUCAAUAAUGGGUCUCACUUUGAUACAUAGACUGUUUUCAUUC